AUGGAGACCAAAGCACCAUCAACCAAAAAAGAACUGCAAUCACUAUUAGGAAAGAUAAACUUCCUAAGAAGAUUCAUCUCGAAUUUAAGUGGUCGAACUCAAGCCUUCUCUCCCCUUUUGCGCUUGAAACAAGGGAAGUUCGAAUGGAAUGAUGAACAUAAAAAGACAUUCGACAAGAUCAAUCAUUAUCUGACGAAUCCCCCUAUAUUGGCACCACCAUGUGGAAAGAAGCCUAUGAGACUGUAUAUAUCAGCUUCCGACACUACCAUAGGUAGCAUGUUGGCGCAAGAGAAUGAAGGUGGCAUCGAAAGAGCCAUGUAUUACCUUAGUCGGGUUUUAAAUGAUGCAGAAACUAGAUACACUUCAAUAGAAAAGUUGUGUCUUUGUUUGCAUUUCUCUUGUACUAAACUCAAGUAUUAUAUAAAACCUAUUGAUUUAUACGUCUCUUCGCAUUUUGAUGUCAUCAAGUAUAUGUUAUCUAAGCCAAUAAUGCACAGUCGAAUUGGCAAAUGGGCUUUAGUGCUCACUGAAUACUCUCUAACAUUUAUGCCUUUAAAGGCAAUGAAGGGACAAAUAGUAUCAGAUUUUAUUGUAGACCAUGCACUGGUCGAAAAUCCUCAAUUUCAAGUUGAGUUGAAACCUUGGAAAUUAUUCUUCGACGGUUCCACUCAUAAGAAUGGAAGUGGGGUUGGGAUAAUGUUACUCAAAAAAUUCGAAUACAUCGACAUAAAACAUGUCCCUAGAAUAAAAAACCAAGAGGCUAAUGACUUAGCACAAAUAGCCUCAGGGUAUAGAAUUUCAAAAGAAAAGCUAGAAGAACUUGUCGAAGUAAGAGGAAAGGCAAUGGCUGCCAGAUUAUCUCCGACAGAUUUGGAAAGCACCCAGUUAGGAUAUGCUAACAAAGAGGAGUUUGAAGUUUUGGCCAUUGAUACCUUGAUAGAUACAGAUUGGAGGAAUCUAAUUAUUAAUUAUCUCAAGGACCCUUCGACAGACACAGAAAGAAAAACCAAGUACAGGGCUUUAUCUUAUGUAUUGAUAGGGAAUGAAUUAUUCAAGAAAACCUCUGAAGGGGUCCUGUUGAAAUGCUUAGGAGAAAGCGAAGCUUACUUGGCAUUAUCUAGUGUACAUAGUGGAGCUUGUGGAGCACAUCAGGCAGGCCAUAAGAUGAAAUGGUUGCUUUUCAGAUAUGGAAUGUAUUGGCCCACCAUGUUAAAAGAUUGUAUAGAGUUUGCUAAGGGUUGCCAAGAAUGUCAAAUACAUGCAGGAAUUCAACAUGCUCCUGCAAUACUACCUGUCAAAGUCUACUUGCAAUCAGUAAGAAUCCAAAGACAGGGAGAAAUUCCAUCUGACUUAUAUUGGGAAAUGAUGAUAAAUGAGCUAGUGGAUUUGGACGAAGAAAGGUUACAUGCGUUAGAAGUAUUAAGAAGACAGAAGGAGAGGGUAGCAAGGGAAUACAAUAAGAGGGUCAAAGGUAAAACCUUUACUAUGAAUGAUUUAGUGUGGAAAGUCAUAUUGCUUAUGGAUCGAAAGAAUAAGGCAUUAGGAAAAUGGUCUCCACAUUGGGAAGGACCUUUUCGAAUUCUAAAAGCCUUUUCAAACAAUGCAUACAAAAUAGAAGAACUAGCAGAGGAUCAAAGAAUCCUAAAAGCAAAUGGAAAAUACUUAAAGAAGUAUAAACCAUUUAUGCAUGAAGUUAGAAUCAUAACAGCAUAG